GUGUUCAAAUUAAUAAGAAAUAUUUUCAUUGGCAAAAUGAAAGAUGUUGCAGCUAAACCGGUGAAAUGGAUAGACGAUGCAGUCGUUUUGGAAUAUACUGAUCUAAAGCGUCGUGCUGUUGCGUUUUAUUCGAAAUGUAUGUUUGGAGCGUUGACGAUAGAGGUUGGGAGUUAUGUGCUGGUUUCCAACAUGGAUGCAACCAAUCCUGAUUCGAUCGAAGGAUGCGAUGUGGCGCAGAUUCUUCGUAUGUACGAAAUAGCCGGUUCUGACCGUAACAGUAACACAGAUCCCUGUAGAGCGACUGUACGGUGGUUUUCAAGGCCAACCGCUCUACCAAAGUCGGUUCUUUCGGACGAAAUCAUAUCGUUCGAUGCAAAUGAAGUGGUCGAAGAUCCUCGGUUCAAUCCAGACAUAUCGAUUGAAACAAUUUAUGGGCUGUGUUGUGUUCAUUAUGCUACACAUCCAGAGAAGAUGUUGGCUAAUGACUACUACUCACGAGGAAAAAUAUGGUAUUUGGUACGUUACAAACUCAUGAAAUCAUCAGGUAGAAAAUGGGUUCUUCAACCCAUUAAACCAGAGCCAACAAGAACGCAUGUAACAUACAGCACUACCGUUAACGAACAAUCUAUACCUGCCAACACACCAAAGCUGAAGUUGAAACGAGCGAAAUCAAUGAAAAGUUCUACAAACGCAAGCAGUGAUCUCGAAAACAUGUUUCAUACAGAUCACUGGAGGGUUCAACUUGUCGAUUGCAUGGCUGAACUAUCCAAUGCACUCAGUGAUGUUGAAAUAACUAAAGAACGGAAGGCAUGCGUUUCCCGCACGAGCUUGAUAACAAAAACUGAAAAGGGAAUGGCGAACGGUCAAAAAAUAAAUUUAGACCCUUCGCUACGUAUUAACUACAGCGAAGGCAAUGAAGAUAUAAGAAAUUAUUCAAUCGUAAAAUCUAAAGAAUGUAAUACAACUGAUAUGAAAAUCACCCUACGAAUUUCUGACAAUCAAACAAAAAUCGAUUUGGCAACAUCGUCAAACAUAGCAGGAAAACGUGUUUUAAAAGGAACAACACCAUUGGUAAAUCAGUCUUCACCACCAAAAACAAGAAAGACUUCCGAUUCAUUAGAACGCAUCUGCCAAAAAAACAUGCUCAAGUCAUCAAACAAUAAACGAUUUGUCGAAGUUGGCACCAGUCCGAUAACUGACCGCAGUGUUGGCGAAUGCAUUGGCGGACGUCGUACAUCCCGUCAAUUAGAGUUUGAAAACCGGAAAGAGUAUGGCAACCCAAAGUAUGAGUGGAAUGGCACGAAUGAAAUUAAACAUAUUCGCAGCGGCAGUAUCAUACAAACGAUUGACUACAAACCCAUGCCAGGAGAGCGUGUGUCCAAAGAUCUAUCAAUUGCUCGUGAAAAAUUGCACGUGGCCGCUACUCCAAUCAGCCUGCCUUGUCGCGAAAAGGAAUAUGAUAUACUGUUCAACUUUUUAGAGGGUAAAAUUUAUGAUGGUUCAGGAGGCUGUAUGUACGUAUCUGGUGUUCCUGGAACGGGGAAAACGGCAACGACAACCGCUGUAAUCAGCUCGUUAAAAUUGUUGUCAGAAGCAGAAAAGAUCCCAAAGUUUGAGUUUGUCGAUAUCAACGGCAUGAGAUUGUCGGAACCGCGCCAGGCAUAUGUCCAAAUUUAUCGUCAACUUACUGGCAAAACAUUGGCUUGGGAGCAAGCCUACAACCUACUCAAUAAAAGAUUCACGACAAAGUCACCUCGCCGUAUAACCACGGUGGUACUUAUCGAUGAGUUGGACAUCCUAUGCAACCGUAGACAGGAUGUCGUUUAUAAUCUUCUGAAUUGGCCAACACUUCAGACGGCACAAUUGAUUGUUGUUACGAUUGCCAAUACAAUGGACUUGCCAGAACGGGUAUUAAUGGGCAAAAUAUCGUCUCGACUAGGUCUUACUAGGCUGACCUUUCAACCAUAUAACUUCCGUCAGUUGCAGGAAAUAGUUAUGGUUCGUUUGGCUGGUACGAAUGCUUUCAAUAACGAUGCCGUGCAGCUAGUUUCGCGUAAAGUAGCUGCAGUUUCAGGAGAUGCCAGACGUGCAUUAGACAUUUGUCGUAGAGCAACCGAGUUUUGUUCGAGUUCAAUUGUUUCGAUGACUCAAGUUCAAAUGGUGCUAGCUGAAAUGAUUGCCAGUCCACAGGUGAAAACUAUUCGAAGCUGUUCCCGUAUCGAACAAAUGUUUUUACACGCCGUCACGAUGGAAGUGACCCGUAUCGGUAUUGACGAAUGUUGCUUUUUAGGUGUUUAUGCUCAGCUAGAAACGUUAUGCGCUUUUUCAGGGAUCAACGUUCCGAACCCAGGAAGAGCCAUGAUGAUAUGUGCUAGGCUGGGUGCAUUAAGAUUACUCAUUUCUGACAACAGUUCAAGCGAUAUUUAUCAGAAAAUUUUACUGAAUGUGAAUGCAGAUGAUGUGCAUUAUGCGUUGCAAAAUAACAUCGAUUUAUAA